AUGACAGAUAAUGAAAGAGCAGUUCCCAAGAGGCAAAGACGCAAAAGAGAUGAAGUUGAAGAGGCAAAUAGUGUUCGCCGCUUAUCUCGUAGAAGUAAAGGAAUACCACCGGAAUUGAGUGAUGGCCUCAUUGAUAAAAUUGAGGCAAAGAAAAUAUUAUCCAAAAAGGAGUACUUAUCAUACGAUGGAAUGGUUAAAACAAUAAAGAGUUUGACAAGAAAUGAAUGUCCAAGUAGUUCGACAAGAAAUGAAUGUCCAAGUAGACUUACUGAUCAUGAUGAUGUUGAUUUGGAAAGGUUACUGUUGAAGUUGAGAAGAACACAAGUGGCGAAAGGUGCCAUAUCAGAUGUGAAGUUUCUUCCCACGGCGGAUAAGAGAGUUAUUAUCGUAGGCGAUGAGCUUGGCUAUUUGGGGUUAUGGAACUUGGACUUUGAAGAUCAGGAAACUAAUGGAAUUUAUCUCUAUCGUCCUCAUCAGUACAAAUUGUCUGCAAUCGCAAUUGAGCCAUUUUCCAUGUCAAAGAUAUUUACUUCAAGUUAUGAUCAACGUAUUAUGUUGCUGGAUGUUGAAAAGGAGGCUUACAAUGAGGUAUAUCAGGAUACUUGCGCGAUACAUUCCAUAUGUCAUCGAGGGGAGGACAUGAACUGUUUAUAUUUUGGUGAUGAAGUCGGAGAGCUAAAAAUAUUUGAUGUAAGGGCAAGCACACCAUCAUUAUCAUGGGGAUUACAUGGAGACACGAUCAAUACAAUACAUUGCAAACCAAAUAAUCCGAUUAUUAUAGCUACAAGCUCUGCAGACAAGACUGUCUCUCUUUGGGACUUGAGGAGUGUUAGCAAAGAUCAGCCAAAAUCAUUGACAAGUAUUAGCCAUGGAGGUCCAAUUUACUCUGCCUACUUUUCACCUUUUGGGACUUUUCUUGCAACAACAAGCUCGGACAAUACUAUUGGUCUAUAUGGAGGAGAAAACUAUCAGGAGAAGUUCUUGAUACCCCACAACAACCUAAGUGGUGAAUAUAUUUCCACAUUAAGAGGAAUCUGGGGUUGGGAUGAUUCACAUGUGUACAUCGGCAAGAUUCAGGAAAAGCAGAAGCAUAAAAGAAAAUCGAAGAUUGGUGAUGAGAUACAUGGACUCCAUAUCAUUUCUACUGCUGAUAAGAAGGUUGUUUGCACUUUGCAAAGUGAUGAUAUGCCUACUGUCCCAUACCGUUUGGCUGCUCAUCCUUAUAUUGUUGGAACACUUGCUGGCGCCACAGGGAAAGGUAAAGUAUAUAUGUGGGCACAAGCUUGAGUCUUCAAUCGACUAUCUUGAUAUAAGUGUAAAAUAUUUGACUGUUUUCAUCUUUUUGUGCUUCUGUGGAGAAUGAUUAAAAUUUCAUGGACUUCCUUCUAAAUUAAAGCAAACUGUCUUUGC